CGCACGUUUCGCAGCACGUUUUACGCGUUCUCGCGGUCGGAGUAUACGUCGAAUUAAAUCUGUAUUUAAUAUUCUAGUGUUUAGUAUUAAUUAAAAAUGGUUUGAAAACUUUUUUGAGCAUUAUUUUUUGAAUUUUCAAAAGUGAGUGGAAAACUUUAGUUUGGGUUUCUUCGAAUGGAUGUUUUUCGGUUAUUUUAAUUUUUUGAGGUGAUUAACUUUCAAAUUAGUUUUUAUUUGUAGUGUUGUUUAUUGAACUAUUUAUAAGUGUGUGUUAUAAAAUUAAUAAAUCGUAUGAUUUUCAAAGAACUGUGUGAAAUGGUUAUGUGAAAUUUAAAAUACUCUCAGUGAAGUGGAACUUCAGUGGAAGCAUUGAUUUUUCAGCGAAAAGGUUGCAGUCAUAAACCAAAAAUGACGACGGACAACGCACUGAACUCUCAAAGGGUCUUCAAGAAAUCGUCACCGAACAACAAACUGACACUGUACCUGGCGUCUCGCGACCUGGUGGUAGAAAAUGGAGCCAUUGAUAGAAUCCAGGGUGUUCUGCACGUGGAACCUGAGUAUUUGGAGAAUAAGAAGCUGUAUGGACAGGUCACACUGACUUUCAGAUACGGUCGCGAAGACGAAGAAGUGAUGGGCCUGAAGUUCUGCAACGAAGCCAUCAUGAGCCUGGCACAAAUAUGGCCUCUGCACUGCAACCACGACAGAGAACCGAACAGUCCACUCCAGGAUGCGUUAAUAAAACGCCUAGGCGCGAAUGCCUACCCAUUUCACCUGGAACUGACGCCGCUAGCGCCACCUAGCGUGCAGUUGGUACCAGCUAAGCAGUACCAUGGAGCACCAAUCGGAACCUCGUACGAUGUCAGAGCUUAUAUUGCGGAGCGUCCCGACGAGAAGGUGUCGCGUCGCAACACGGUGCGCAUGGGCAUUCGAGUGCUACAGGGCCCCGGGCGCUCGGUGCCGCCACCCGUGCUGCCUCCACCCUCCCCCCAUCACACGCUCAGUGCGCUCGCGCACUAUAAUAUUGUCAGGUUGAAAAAUAAAACGAAAAUGGAGUCUGACGAGAACUGUCGACCGAAACCGGAGGAAAUUGAAAGUUCAGAGGUCCAGCCACCCAGGGCUACAGUGGAGAAACCCUUCCUCCUGUCCGAUGGAAGAGUGGAGCUAGAAGCGUGGCUGGACAAACCGACAUAUUCCCACGGAGAGUCGAUCAGAGUCGGCGUGGUCGUCGCCAAUCAUUCCUCGAAAACUGUGCGACGGAUCAAGGCUCUCGUGGUUCAACAUGUGGAUGUAUGCAUGUUCUCCAAUGGAAAGUUCAAGAAUGUGGUCGCUCUGGUGAAGGGCAAUGAUGUUGUCCUGCCUGGCCAGACCCACACUGACACUUACACCCUCACACCGCAUAGAGGUAUUACCAAAAAUUGGAUAGCACUCGAAGAUUCGUACUCAAAAACAGGCGCCAGUCUCGCGUCAACAGUACUCAGUAACAAUACGCCUGAAGACAGAAAUGUGUUUGCGAUAUAUGUAUCGUAUUACGUCAAAGUCAAGCUAACUUUCAGCGCGAUGGGGGGAGACCUGUCGCUCAAACUUCCCUUCACGCUCACACACUCGUGUAUCAACGAGGCGCCUACGGACAGCGUCACAGAAGAAGCUACUCAUAAAAUGAUUCUAGAAGGAAAAGAAAAUAGCGAAGAUGAAGACAGCAAAGCUGAAAUAGAAAGAGACAAGCAAAACAACAAUGGAGACGAAGCACCCGGAGAUGACGCCGAAGUUAAAUCUCCAGACGAUCACCGCUUGGUCGCCGACGUCUUAGUCAAUAUCGAGAACAAAAUGGACAGACCUAAGAAAUUCGAAGGUCAAACUGAAGUGCGAACUGUGAAACCUAGUGAUGAAGAACUGGAUCUUAUCGUCAAGUACCCGGGGUCGGACACGUGAUCCGACGACGAACUAGACAAUACAGGCCAGGGUGAAAAGACUGACACUAAAGUGAACGCACCAGCGAUAGUCAAGUGCAAAGCAGAGGUCCAAAUUAAUAAGAGUGGUUUUGCCGAAAAUCUUAAACGAGCCGUGUGUUGUAUAGACAGAAGACGACAGUCAUAGCUUAGGGCAUUAUUAUUCAAAAUAAUUGUUAUGAAAGUACAGAAUAAAAAAUAUAAACCAAUGUUGACACUUAUUUCUUAGUGUUUGCAAUUCGCGGAGCAAAUGUAGGCCCAGUAAACAAAUCCGAGGAAUGCUUCAAUUUCGUCUUCAAAUAUACUUUUGGAACACGCAUUUCGUAAAAUUACAGCAAACAACA